AUGAACAUUCGGAAUGCACGGCCAACUGACCUUUUAAAUAUGCGCGAUUGCAAUCUGGACUGCCUGCCGGAGAAUUACCAAAUGAAGUACUAUUUUUAUCAUGGAUUGUCUUGGCCACAACUCUCUUAUGUUGCUGAGACAGAUGAUGGAGAGAUUGUCGGAUAUGUUCUGGCAAAGAUGGAAGAGGAUCCCGAAGACGUCCCUUAUGGACAUAUCACCUCUUUGGCUGUCAAGCGCCCUUACAGACGUUUGGGUAUUGCUCAGUCCCUUAUGAACUUUGCUUCACGAGCGAUGGUUGAGAAUUUUCAUGCGAGAUACGUGUCCCUCCAUGUGCGGAAAAGUAAUAGAGCUGCACUGACUUUAUAUAAGAAAACACUCCACUUUGUUGUGGCUGACGUGGAACCAAAGUACUAUGCUGAUGGUGAAGAUGCUUAUGCUAUGAAGAGGGAUCUGCGGUGCAUAUGGGAGAAGGUACAAUUUCUGUUCCUCUCAACAUCUCUUUUCCAGUACGGACCCCCUGGUGUACCUUUUAAAGAAACGAAAAACAAGUUGGACACGUAA